AUGGAUUCUAUGGAUCUUUUAGCGCGAGAAAAUGAAUUUAAAAAACUCAACAAGCAGUUACAGAAGAAAACUGAAAGUCUAAUGAAGGAAAUAGAGAAUGUGAUGCAAAAGCAAGAUAUUUUUUCAGAUAUAUCACCAAAUCUUAGAGUUACUCCUCCUAACAAUUUAAAAAAACAUUGCUGUGAUUUAACUAAAGCAACCACAUCGAACAGCUUGAAUAAUAGUAAUAAAGAUAACAUCAAAAACAAAGAAAAAGUAUUAGGAGUUAAUCUGGAUAAUGACAUAUCUGUACAGGACAAAAAUCAAAAUAAGUACCAUUUUAGAACACACAGUAAAUCUGAUUGCACGGAGCAAGUUACAUGUCACAAUUGCUCAUUUGAUUCAAAUGAGAAGAUGCAAAAUGAUCUAGAAUUUUUAUAUGCAUUUGUUUCUGUUAAUGUUAAGGACAACAUACUGCCACACUCAUUUUUAAAAGAGAGAGUAACAGUCGAGAGUGUUUGCAAGUUUUUAUCGGCGAAAGUGAAACUAAUGCAGGAACAAUUGAAUAAAAUGCAAAGUACUAUAGACAAAAAGACUCAGCAGUGCGAGAGUCAUCUCACUCAACUGGCGGAGUUGGAGAGUGAGCGGAUGACGCUGUUGAAUAAAGCGAACAGUAUGCGAGCGGAUACAGCUGAUAUGAGAGCAAAGGUCUUGACGCUACAGGGUAAACUUGAUGACAAGGACCGUCUGUACAAAGAACAAAGAAGCACCACAGACCGACUGACGAGCGAACUAAAACAGGUCAAAAGUAAAAACGCCAGUUUGGAAGCCCGAUGCGCCUCGCAAGAAGAAGCUGUUGCCACACUCAAGCAACAGCUGGAAAUUGCUAGAAUAACAGAGAAGGAAUUCCGAGAUUCAACGCGUAGCCUGUCAGCCUCGCAUCAAAACGCCAUUUCCCGGCUCGAAUCACGCGUCAAAUAUCUGACAAGUUGCAUAGACAAGCAGAACUCGCUCAUAGACAAUUUAAAGAAACAGAACGCUCUGUUGACAGCAGAGGGCGCUUUGAAAGCUCUGGAAAAGGAAUACAGUAACUUAUUAAAUCAAGACUUUUGA